CGGAUCUCAACACCAAAGCCAAACUCUAAAACGCGAAAGCUUUCAGUCGCUUACUCCGCCUUAAGUGAGAGAAAGCUGUGAAACACCAUUCGAGGCUCCAAUAAUAUCGACAUAUCGAGCGUGAUAUGCCAGUUUUUCACUGGAACAAUGAGUGACGAUCAGGUAUUGGACAGCUCACCAAUACCGUCUCAAGUUUCUGUGCUCUUCGUCUGUCUCGGUAAUAUCUGUAGAUCCCCAAUGGCAGAAGCUGUCUUUCGAAAUAUUUCCAAAUAUCCUGCAAAUCCCCUCAUAGCCAAAGUUGACAGUGCGGGGACUGGCGCAUAUCACGUUGGCUCUUGUCCGGACCCACGUACAAUCAAAGUGUUGCGAAAGAAUGGAAUCGAAGACUACGAACACUACGCACGAAAGGUUCAUGCGGAGGAUUUCGAUACGUUUGAUUGGAUUUUUGCCAUGGACGCAGAUAACCUUGACGACUUGAAGAGCAUGAGAAAUAGAGCGAGGAGCAGGAAGGGGAAGGCUGGAUCCCAAGGAGCAAGCACGAAGGAGCCAAAAAUCAUGCUGUUCGGAGAUUUUGGCGGAAGGAAGAACGAGGAGGUUAUCGAUCCGUACUACGGAGCAGACAACGGCUUUGAUGUCGCGUACGAACAAAUGGUCAGGUUCAGCAACGGCUUUAUAAAGCAUCUAGAGAACUCGAAAAUCUAGAUUUCGAUCCGAAGAUCGUUAUGAUGUUAAACUAUAGACGCAUUGUCGGAAAUAAGGAGGCCGGAUUAUACCGCUUUGAUACUGAGACGAAUAUACCCUUACAGAUUCUAAGUGACAAGCGCAGUCGACAAUUUUGAAUUUUACAAAUUUGCGGGACAGUCGAAGUACCACAUUUCGUCAGAUUAAUAUUGCAUUAUUAACAACAAUGAAACAUUCUGAUCUGUAU